AGCGAAACACACAUUGCUGUCACAGCUGAGAUCAGUCUGCAUAGCAUAGCAUUGCAUACAUAGUUAUUAUUGUUUAUUUUCUUUCUUGUCUCUCUCUGACAGACAGACACAGACUGAAUCGAUAGUUGGAUGUCGAUAGUUGGAUGGUAAUAUGGUGUGGUAUACGGUUGGGCUCUGUUUGAUGUGUGGGAACUGGCCGGGAAUUCCCCUGAAGCGGGAAAAUGGAAAAUGGAAAAAAUUGUUCACAAAGAAGUAGCUAAUGAUCCAUCCCAUCCCAUCCCAUCCCACGCUCAGCCGAUCAAUCACCGGAUACUUUCAUUGUUGGGUUGGAUGUUUUUCGGGGGGUUUUUGGGUUAGUUGGUUGGUUGGGUCCGGGGGAGAAUUGACGGGGUGCUUUGGGCGAGUGGAUGAGUGUGAUGGAAGUGAGGAUGGACAUGGACAGGCCUUGAUAUAUGGGAUGUCCCGGCUUCGUAUGUUUGUUUGUUUUGUUUGUUUGGUUGUUUGUCUAUUAUGUGGCAGGCUGAAAAAGCAAACGGGGAGCCAGUACAAUGGUGAUGACGAUGUAGCCCCAGAACGCCGGCCGGCCUGCCCGCCCCAAGACGGCAUAUACUGCACUGUAGGCUGUAGUUAGGCUGGAGUAGCGUCGAUCUAGCGGGGGGAGUGGGCAGCGUGUCUCGCCCGAUUUGGCGGGAAUCUAGUGCGGAGGGGGAAUCUAGUUGGGCGCGAGGCA